GGUCAAAACUUCCUUCGUUACUUGGAAGAUUUGUUUGGUGGUCCAAGUCAAUUUGAGCCAUUCUUCCGAACUUACUUGGAAAAAUACAAAUACAAAUCGGUCGUUACGGAUGAUUUCAAGGCAACGCUCUAUGAAUAUUUCAACGGUAAGGCCGAUGAUAAGUUGGCUCAAAUCGAUUGGGAUACGUGGUUGUACUCGACUGGUCCAUUGAAAAUUGUUCCUUACUAUGACACCAGCUACAGUGAUGCCGUGAAGAAGCAAGUCGACGUUUGGACCAAAAAUCCAAUUGAGAAGAUUAAAAAUCACCCCGACAUCGAUACCAAUUUGCAUGUAUGGCAAUUGAUUGAAGUGCUAACAAAAUUGGUACAGAAUCCAGACAAUGUAAUCACCGAAGCGUGGAUUAGUUUAUUAGAAACUACAUAUGGAUUCGUUGGAACUCGCAAUUCAGAGUAUUUGUUUAAAUUAGCCCGUCUCUAUGUUAAAGGACGAUUGUUCAAUCGUUUGAAUCAAGUGUUCAACUUCUUGAACAGCAAUUUCCGUAUGAAGUACGUGCGACCGAUUUAUCGGGAUUUGGAGAAGUGGGCGGAAGCCAAACCACUUGCCAUCGAAAAUUUCCAAAAAGUUCAAUCGCAAAUGAUGAAAUUCUGCGCUCAAUUGGUUGCUAAAGAUCUUGGCAUCACAAUCGAUAUGUGAAAUAGCAUCUAGGGGAUAUCCAUGUGAAUUAGAAUUAGCACAUUAGCAAAAAAAAUAGGGAAAUUUACAUGAAGAAAAUAGCAAAAUUAGCAAUAAAUAGCAGAAUUAGCA